AUGCUUCCCCAGCCUUUCACAGGACGCGGCUCACCGCGUGCUGCUGUUCGAAGGGGUUCUUCUUGCCGCUGGCGUUUUGUUUUAGAUCGCUGUGCGCGGCUCCAGAAGGCAGGUAGACGUCAAGCUAGUGGAGGUAGUGGUUGCGUCAAGCGGAGCAUGGCAGCCCAGCUGGCUGUAGACGUCUUCGAACAGGAGCGCAGACGCUUGGAGCUUGCGGCCGUGGAGCUGAGACAGAGCCUGGCCGAAAAGGACGUGCAGUUGACCGAAAGAUGUUCGGAAGCUGCACUGGAAGAAGCCAAAGUCCUUCAAAGCCGGUAUGCCUCAGAGAUGAAAGAAAGAAAGGCGCAGGCUGAUGAACUGCAGCAGCGGCUGCAGAUCCUCGGUGCAAGCGUUCAGCGACAGGCUGAGGAGAUGAAAGGAAUGGAGGAGGAGUUGCAAGAAGCAGAGGACUAUGAGAGCGACUGUCUGCGCAGACAGGUCCAACGGCAGGAGUUGCAAAGUCGCUCUGAGAAGAUCCAGGCGGAAGAUGGCCGACUUGUGAGCCGCUUGCGCUCGGAGAUCCGGCUUGCGGACAGCAGGACAUCGGAGUUGCAGCUCGAGCUUCGCGAAACCACGGAUCAUACCCAGAAGGAGCUCACGGCUACCAAUGAUGCGAGAGAUGGCAUGACGAUCCAAGAACAGAUUGCUGCCGAUUUGAAGGGUCAGCUCUGUGAAAGCCAAGAGACCGUAGCAGGCCUUGAGGAAUCAGUCCAAGCAGUGCAAUCCCUAUGCUUAGAGACAGAGGAGCGCAUCGAAGAGAUGCUGCAAGAUUCCACCAUUGAAGAUCAAGCUGUGCGAAAGGACGAAGACAACGAAGCUCAGGCAGAGCUCUUGGACGAGACCAGGAAGUUGGAUGAGACUCGCGACAAGGUCGAGCAAGUCCAGAAGCUGCAAAGUAUCGCUCAGUGUCUUGCAGCCGAACUGCGCAAGUCAGGCAGUCUUGUUUCCGACACUGCUUCAACAGCCCUACCUGUCACCCGCAGUGAGGUCUUGGAGGGACUUUUAUCGGAGGAGCAUGAGCUCCAGGCCGAGUUCUCCGCCUGCCGGCUUGAUGCAGGAAGGGUCGAGGUGCAGGUGAAGCACCUUGAGGAGGAGCUCGAGCAGGUUCGAAAUAAAGUUCAAGAAGACGAAGUCAGGACUGCCCAAGCGCAAGAGCGCCGAAGCCUGUCCAUCUGCGAGAGGCAGUCGGAGGAGCUGCGUGCCAGGCUGUCCAAGCUGCACUCCAAAGAUUCCUCGGCUGUUGUGGGCAGCGAGGAUGCUUUAAAGAAGAUCAUGCUCACACUCGAAGCAAAAGGGAGGCGACUUCUGCUACAGAAGCAAGCCUUUCUACCGACGGAGGCUGAGACGAGGAGGCCUUCGCAUCCGUAUGCCGACACCUGA